GCGCACGAACGUUUGUGCCCUCUGCGAGCUAGUGGGCAUGAAUGUGGUUGUUUGCCCGUGCCUGCUCGUCUGAUAAUGGAACAAUGUGUGGCUCGGUUAGAUGUUGCCAUGUUCAAUGCUAUUCUUCGUGAUUCUGAUGAAAACUUUCCAACAGACCCUGUAUCUGAUCCCAUUGCAGACUCGAGGGUCUUGCCGAUUCCUUCUACAACAUCAAGUUUUGGUUCUGGUGCUCAGCUGAAAAACUCGAUAGGAAACUGGUCUAGGUGGCUCACUGAUCUGUUCGGCAUCGAUGACGAAGAUGAAGACAGUAGUGAUGAGAAUAGCUACGUUGAUAGAUCGUUCAAGACAUUCCAUCUUCUUAAGGCGUUAAGUGAUCUAAUGAUGCUUCCAAAAGAUAUGCUCCUCAACAGUUCUGUGAGAAAAGAGGUUUGCCCGAUGUUAGGUGCACCGUUGAUCAAGAGAGUGUUGAACAAUUUUGUCCCAGAUGAGUUUUGUCCUGACCCAGUUCCUGAUGCUGUGCUUGAAGCUCUUGAAUCCGAGGAAAAAGCUGAGAAGGGUAUGAUCACAAGCUAUCCAUGCACUGCACCUCCUCCAGUGUACUCUCCACCUUCAGGGGCUUCAAUCUCCACCAUCAUUGGGGACUUUGGACAGCCUCAAGCGCCGCAGUUAUGCAGAAUCAGGUCUUCGGUUACAAGAAAAGCGUACACAAGCGAUGAUGAGCUCGAUGAGCUGAGUUCACCGUUGGCUGUUGUUGUUCUUCAACAAGCGGGUUGUAAGAAGGUCAAUAAUGGUGGUGCAGAUGAGACAGUUAGGUAUCAACUACUGAAGGAGUGUUGGAUGAACGGCGAAUAAUCAGAUAUUGUUGUGUUUUGUCUGUGUUUCCACUUGUGACUUGGUUGUAAAUGUCUGAUGUGUCAAAAAUCUUGUUGGUAAUGCGAUGAUAUAAGUAGUGUUGGUGAGUUGGUGUACAGAAUGUAGCACAAACUGUAUUCAACAGUAGUACCAGUACGAGAGAUUAACAUUUACCGCAGAGACGCACACGAGAUUGUUGCAAGGGAAGCAAAUAUAAACUACUUAUCAUAAGGAAAAUUUUGGCUCUG